AUGAGUUUGAAGGGAAAUGAUCAAUUUCCUGCCUCCUCACCUAUCUGGAGCGUCCCCUUUCGCAAAAGAGGAACCAUUAGGGCCUGUACAACCUACUGUAAAGAUUCGCCUGCGGCCCAACACACCCUAGCGACAAGGGCGGCUGCUUAUAGAAGACCACGUGGCUGGGCAGAUGCUACGACGGACGCGUCCAAACAGCAGGUGCGACCCCAGGCAGCGCACCGCAGCCCGGCGGCGGCUACGGUUCAGCGGGUCUGCGCUACUGCGCCUGCGCCCCGUCGAGCGGCGCCGACGUCGGAAGGGAGCGGAAAAGACCCGGGGGAGCUUGGUGGUGACUCGCUGGCAGAAGUGAUUGGCUGGUGGACGACCCGCGUCAGAUCGCGCCUCCGUGCGGGGCGGGGAACCCGCCGAGGGGGAGGUGUCUUUCAGGAUGGCAGUGUCAAGCACCCGAGAGCCAUUCGAAUUUCUGUUCAAGCUCUGAAACAAAUGCUGGACCAUGAUAUACGAGAAAUAGCUGAACAUCCAUGCUUACUUAGCCAGCCCACACCAUCACAUAAACCCAUUCCUUGCAACAAAUCUCUCUUUGGUUCCGAUUCUCCGCUUGAAUGCUGGUUGACGCACAGUGAUGAAGAGAAAUGAGAAGCUAGAAAAGAAAAAAAUAUUUUAUGCCUGAAGAAAUAAAGGGUGUUCACAUUCCUGCCAGUGACCUCCAGAGGCGAGUUUCUUUGCUAGCUCACAAGAGAAUUGCUUCAAUCACAGCUGGGGCUCAGGAUAGGAACAUAGACUCUUCUGUUGUUUGAUUUCAAAUGGAUACAAAUUAAAAACAAAUUAU